AUGAAGAAGCACAAGUCCCCUAGAACCCUAUCGUCGUCGCUGACGAAGAUGAUCACGGAGCACGCCAAAAUGGGCGACGUCGACGGCGCGCUCAAGGUGUUCGAUCGAAUUCCCCGCCGAAACCAGGUCUCCUGGAACGCGAUCCUCUCCGCUCUAGUCGCCAACGGUCGAAUCGACUCCGCCCGCAAAGUGUUCGACGAAAUGCCCCGCAGGAACGCGACCUCAUACACCUCCAUCAUCGCCGGGCUCUCGCGCUCCAACGCGGUCCCAGAAGCUCGUCGCAUCUUCGAGUCGGUUCCCCGACUCGCCCACAGCGUGUUCACGUGGACCGCGAUGUUGUCGUGCUACGCCCACAACGACGAGCCUCUUCGAGCUCUCAAGCUCUUCUCCUCGCUCUACUCCGAGUUCUACGAAUUGGGUAUUAGACCCAAUUCACACACGUUCACCAUCUUGCUCAAAUCCACUGUUUUGAUCCGGUCUCUCGCUGCUUCUAAUCAAAUUCAUGGUUUAAUCGUGAAGCUUUUGGAUGAACGAGGUAAAAUUUGUAUCUUUGUUUGGAACUCUCUUAUUGAUGUGCAUGCAAAACUGGGUAGCUUAGUGGAUGCAGAAAAGGUGUUUGAUAUAAUGCCUCACAAGGAUUUGGGCUCUUGGAAUACAAUGAUGGAUGGAUAUACGCAUAAUUUGUUGAUAGAUGAAGCUCUUAACCUCUUCCAAUUGAUGAAAGACAAAGAUAUAUUAUCAUGGAAUAUCUUGAUAUCGGGCUUAUUAGAAGCCCGUCGCAGAGAAGCAGCUUUAAGACUCUUCCUUUCUCUGUUGAAACACGAAGAACAUGUAAAGCCAAACGCCUCCACGUAUACAAUCGUUCUAAGUGCUUGUGCUUCACUAACAAUGCUACGAUUCGGAACACAACUGCACGCACGAAUUUCAAAGAAUGGGCUUUACGCCAGUAACACCUUUGUAUGCAACUCUUUUAUCAGCAUGUACGCGAAUUGCGGCUUGACCGAUGAAUCGGAGCAAGUGUUCCAUGAAAUACCGAACAGAGAUGUGAUAUCGUGGAAUUCGGUGAUACAAGGUCUAGGGCAAAAUGGUUGCAGUAGAAAAGCUUUGGAGAUAGCGGAGACGGCGCUGGGCUCUAACGUCUGCAACGAAAACACUUUCAUUGCUAUACUAACUAGUUGUAGCCACGCAGGUUUGGUCGUCGAGGGGUUGAACUAUUUCAACCUAAUGAGCCAAAAGUACGGGAUCGAACCGAAGUUAGACCACUACAUUUGUGCGAUCGAUAUGCUUGGCCGAGCCGGGAGGCUUCAACAAGCAUAUGAUCUGCUGCGUCGAAUGCCAUUUGCAGCUGACUCCGUUGCGUGGUCGACUCUUCUCAACACGUGCUUAAUUCACAAGAAUAUCACCGAGGGGAGAAGCGCGGCACGAGAACUACGAAAGUUAGAUAGUUUUAACACUGGGGAUACUUUAGGGUUGGGAAAUACUUGUGUUAGAACUGAUGAGAUUGAGGAGUUAAGGAAGGUGUUUGAUGUGGUCCAAGAGGAGAGGUUAAAGAAGCAACCUGGAUGCAGCUGGGUCAUUGAAACCUAG